AUGCUUCGUUCAAUAUAUUUACCAUUGAUCUUACUAAUUCUAAUUACUAUUGGUUCUACAACAUUAAUCGGUUGUAUAAACUCAGCAGCAUAUGCUCCUGCUAAUUUUGCAAAUGUUUUGAUAUAUAAUGGUACAUGCUCUCAAUGUAUAUGUGCUGCAUUUUUCUCGAAUACUCCUGCGACAUAUCAAGCAUUGAAUUGUUAUGAAAAUAAUCAAACAUGUUCAUUAUUUCCAAGUUUUCUAUUCCAAUCGGAUGUUCAUAGCAAUACUAAUUCAAAACUAUAUUUUAUGCCGCAAAAAACAACAACAACAGCAACAACAACUACAAUAACAACAACAACAACAACAGCAACAACAACUACAACAACAACAGCAGCAGCCACUACUACUACGACAACUACCGGAAUUUUAUCGACAACAACAUAUUUUAAUGAUAGUCGUCAAAAUGCUUCAACUAGUACAUACUGGGAUUGUUGUAAAUUAAGUUGUGGUUGGCCAGGUAAAGCUAAUGUUACAAGUCCACCAAGAACUUGUACGCAAAACGGUAAUACUACCAUCGAUAGUAAUACUCAAUCAGUCUGUGUCAGUGGUGGCAGUGCAUAUAUGUGUACUGAUCAACAACCGUGGAAUGUUAGUGGUAAUCUUUCAUAUGGUUAUGCAGGUGCUUAUGUUUACGGCCUGGCAGAAAAGGACUGGUGUUGUACGUGUUAUUCAUUAUUAUUUACAUCAGGUCCUAUUAGUGGCAAAGAGAUGAUUAUACAAGUAAUCAAUACUGCUUAUACAGCCGAUAAUAUGUUUAUUUUACAAAUACCGGGUGGUGGAUGGGGUGGUUCAGCUAAUGGAUGUACAAGUCAAUUUAAUGGUUCUUAUUCAUUCGGUAAUCAAUAUGGAGGUAUUACUAAUCGAACGAGUUGUAGUAGUCUGCCAAGUGUUCUUCAAGCAGGUUGCUAUUGGCGAUUCGACUGGUUUAUGAACGCUUAUAAUCCAUCAGCACGAUUCAAAAUAGUAUCUUGUCCAACUAGUCUAACAUCAAAAACUGGAUGUGUUCGACUAGGAUCCAUUUAA